CUAUGUCAUUGUGCUGCGUCAGCUGUCAUCGUGGCAGGUACGUCAUGGUGACAAAAUUUGUAGAAAAAUAUUUAAAUUUUGAAAGCACUAUAGUUCUUGCACGUUCCAAUGGAAUUUGAGGUCUGUUGAAUGUUGUAACUGUUGAAAGUAGCUGCAAAUUAUAUAACAGAAAUGCAUACAGAUCUAGCGCCGCAUCUCCACACAGAAAAGUGUAAUGAACUGAUACAACUGUUACACCAGUGCCAUCAAGAGCACCCAUUCCUCAAAUUUUUUGGAAAAUGCAAUGAACAAGAUAAAUUCAUGGUGAAAUGUUUAAAAGAAGAGCGUUUGAGAAGAAGACAAAGGAAUUAUGAAAAAUCCCUAGAAAAAAAGGAAAAACUCCAGAGACUGUUCCGAGCUGAGAGAGAAAACAGACAAAGUUGAUGUUGUCCGUCAGUAACAUAAUAUGUAAAUAAUACAAAACAAUCAUUAAAUAAUGUUAUCAGUAAAUUUUCAAUGUAGUAUUGUUUCAUUCAAUUCAUAAGUAUUAAAAUGGUCAUCUUUCAUCACAUAAUACAAUAACUUGCUACUUAAGGCUUUCCAGUACCUCUUUCUAUGUAAAACAUAGGUCCAUAGUUUCAUCAUGACAUUUUGAGAUACACACAAGAAGUUCGGAUGUAUGAAAUAUAAGGCUUUAAAGAAAGCUUUACAUUUUUUAAUUUUUGCCUUGUGAAGAAAUUUUGCAGUUCAAUCAUGACAAAUUUAUUUUUCAAGUCAAACAAGAAAUUUAAAGUAAUCAUAUAUAGGACUUUUCGUAAUUUUUGCGUGAAACAUUUAAUUAUAUGUUGACAUUUUUUUGUUAAAUUUUUACUGAAAAAUAAUUUUUAUAGAGACAUUAACAUUCUAGAGGAGAGUAAGGUCCAUAUUUUGAAAUACAGUACAAAAAUAUCAAUAAAUCAAUGGCACUGGAAGUGUUGUAUUUUGCUUAUAUGUUUCUGAUUCCAAUGGUUUGAAAAGAAGGUAUGUUAAAUUGAUGUUUUCACAGCACCCAUUCUUCAUUUUUUUGGAAAAUACAGUGAACAAGAUAAAUUGGAUUUGAUGUAUUUGAAAGAUCGUUUGAGAAGACAAAGGAAUUAUGAAAAAUUCCUAGAAAGAAAGGAAAAACUCCAUACAGUGUUCAAAACCAAGAGAUAAAACAGACAAAGUUGUUGUUUUCCUUUAUUAACAUAAUGUAAAUAAUACAAAUCCAAAACAAGCAUUAAAGAAUGUUAUCAGUAAAUUUUCAAUAAACCAAUUCAAUGUGUAUAUUGUUUCAUUCAAUUAAUAAGUAUUAAAAUGCUCUUCAUCUUUCGUCACAUAAUACAAUAAUUUGCUACUUAAAGCUUUCCAGUACCUAUUUCUAUGUAAAACACAGGUCCAUAGCUUCAAACUGACAUUUUGAGAUAUAAACAGUAGGUUUGCAAGAAUGAAAUAUAAGGCAUUAAAGAAAGCUUCAGGUUUUUUAAUUUUUGCUUUGAGGAAAAUUUUUGCAGUUCAAUCAUGACAUAUUUACUUUUCAAGACACAAGAAAUUUAAAGUAAUCUUAAUAUAUAUAAAUUUUCGUAAUUUUUGUGUGAAACAUUUAAUUACAUAACAUUUUUUUUGGAAC